UCACAAAAAUUUAUAGAAAAUUAAAUUUGAAGAAAAAGGCAUACAAAUAUACAAAUCUAACUAGAGAACAUUGCCGAGCUCUUUCACGAUGUUUAUUUUUAGUCGAUCGAAAAUGCGCUGUGAGUUUCUUUAAUUCUGACGAAAUACAUAGUGUGGAAAAGUUGGUACCAAUCCCGAAGUGAUUGUUUUCAUUCAAUUUGUUUGAUAUUUUAUUAAUAAUUGAAAUAAAUUAAAUAAAUUGUAACUUGUAAAAUGUGUGCAAAUAUUCUACCCUGUCCAUUGUGUGAACAGCCCAAUUUUCGAAGUAUCGACUCAUUGCGUAUAAGCUUAGUGAACGUAACAAAUCGUCCACUGGAUUGUCCAAUUUGUCGCGAUGUGCUAUAUGGUUUAGACAAAUUAACUAUUCAUUUAUUCAGUCAUUCGUUGAAUCAAAAUAAAUCCGCGGAAACGGGAUACGGCAACUUUAUGGUCAAUGUUGAUUUGUCCACACCGUCAAAUGAAAAUAAGAUCGAGGCGUUUCCAAGCGAAAACAGAUUGAAUCGACGGAGCGCCUCACCUUCAAAUGAAACUGUCUCUUUGAAUCAACCGAACCAGAACUGUGCGCCUUCAAAACAAAUCAUCGAACCCCAAUGCGAUAUGUGUGGUGCCAACUUCAGCACUCACGAAUUGCAUCGAUUGCAUUUGAAAUUGGUGCACGAAGCUAGCGAUGAAGAUAUUCAGCGGAACGAAUCGGUGAUUGGAGAAAAGGAUCACAAAAACUGUUUUCCGUGUCAUCUGUGUUCGAAGUAUUUCAAGAUGAAAGGAUCAUUGCGGGUUCAUUUAAAAGUUGUUCAUUCAUUUGGGAAAACCGGACGAAUCAGUAUACCCAUAUUGGAUUGCUAUAAACAAGCAACACCAUUGUGUAAUAAUGCAACAGAAUUGCGUGGGGCUGAUGGUGUGUUUAGUGCCGAAAAUAAACUGAACAAUGCUGAGGUCAAAGCUUGGGAGUGUGAUGUUUGUGCCAAGUCAUUUACAACGAAGUACUUUUUGAAAAAACAUAAACGACUGCAUACAGGAGAGAUGCCGUACCGAUGCGAGAUAUGUGGGAAAAAUUUCACAUUUCAACAGUCUUACCACAAGCACCUUCUAUAUCACAGCGACGAAAAACCACAUAUUUGUUGUACAUGCGGUAGAGCUUUUAAGGAGCUUUCGACACUUCACAAUCAUGAACGCAUUCACAGUGGAGAGAAACCUUUUCAGUGCGAGACGUGUGAUAAGUGCUUUAGACAACGAGUCUCUUACCUAGUGCAUCGUAGAAUACAUACAGGUUCAAUGCCUUACAAGUGUACAGCAUGCGAAAAAAGUUUUCGCUACAAGGUAUCUCAACGAACGCAUAAAUGUCUGGCUGAACCUCCAGGUACUGUUGUUCGACAAACGGGUGACUUACUACAGAAACUCAUACAGAGUGUGUCGUUAGGUAACGAGCACAUCGAUGUUGCUGACAAAGACUUUCUCAAUCAAUCGUUGGACGAAUUUGUAAAAGAAUCGUGCGACAAGAUUGGAAUCGGUGACGACGGUAACAUUAGCUUUCAAGACGGUACGACAACGAUUCCAAUCGAAGUGCAAAUUCCGUCGCCGUCGGAAAAGUUUCAGAACAUGUGCUUGUAUUCACCCGCAGAAAAUGUUGCUUUUAAUGAUUCGUUAGAUCUUUACGGAGACGAUGACGUUGGAUUGUGAAAAUUGGAAUUUUUUAAUAAAAAAUGUAUUUAUUUUAC